GCGGAAGUGCGGAGUCGGACGGUAUUGGGUGUGUGACGCCAGUAACCGAAACUUCCUGGUUGCCGUGCUCCACCUGACGAAACUGGAGCAAAAUUCACACGAAAACAUAACUGUCUGCUCAUAUUAUACAACAAACUGACAUCCCAUCACUACAUCACAUCAUCUUUGUGAAAGCAGAGGGAUAAUUCAUUAUUUAAAGUAGAGAAAUCAGUCGAGCGCUGCUGGAGGAUCCGAAGAAGACGGUCUUUCUGUCUGUCUGUAGGAGGAUGAGGGUGUUUGCCGGUGGGAAGGAUGAAGAGUUCCCCAGCUAACCGCAGUCGGGACAUCGAGCGUCAGGCAGGAUAUCUGCGCCCAGAGCACUGCGCACCGCCCCCUCUGCGGACACACUCGGCCGACGACAUGUGGUUCAUCCGGGACGGCUGCGGCAUUGUGUGCGGCGUGAUCACAUGGCUGCUGGUCUUCUACGCCGAGUUUGUGGUCGUCUUCGUUAUGCUGCUGCCGGCGAAGAAUGUGGUGUACAGCUUCAUUAACGGUGCUGUGUUUAACGGACUGGCCUUCCUCGCCCUGGCAUCACACUUCAGAGCCAUGUGCACCGACCCGGGAGCCGUUCCAAAGGGAAACGCCACUAAAGAGUUUAUAGAGAGUCUGCAGCUCAAGCCUGGACAGGUGGUGUAUAAAUGUCCCAAAUGCUGCAGCAUCAAACCUGAUAGAGCUCAUCACUGCAGUGUGUGUAAGCGCUGUAUCAAGAAGAUGGACCAUCAUUGCCCUUGGGUCAACAACUGUGUGGGAGAGAACAACCAAAAAUACUUUGUGCUCUUCACUAUGUACAUUGCUUUGAUUUCUCUUCAUGCUCUCAUCAUGGUCGUUCUCCAUUUUGUCUUCUGUUUUGAAGAAGACUGGGCAAAGUGCAGUUCAUUUUCUCCUCCGGCGACUGUCAUCCUCCUCAUCUUCCUGUGCUUUGAGGGUCUCCUCUUCCUCAUUUUCACCGCUGUGAUGUUUGGGACCCAGAUUCACUCCAUCUGUAAUGAUGAGACUGGAAUCGAGCAGCUGAAGAAAGAAGAGAAACGAUGGGCCAAAAAGUCCAAGUGGAUGAACAUGAAGGUGGUGUUCGGUCACCCGUUCUCUCUGGCCUGGCUGAGUCCGUUUGCCACACCGGAUCACGGGAAGGCCAAUCUCUACCAGUACGUGGUCUGAGACGGCCGAGCCGACAACCUCACCUCCUCUGUCUCUACACAAACAUCUCUUUGCUUUUUAACUCUGUCUGCUCUGAAAGACCUGACUCUAGUGGGCUCUGUCCGCUCAUCGAGACACUGACAGCCUCGGAGAGUGACACUGAUGCACUGUUGUAACGAAUCCCACACUGUGAAAGCUGGCAUAUACAAAGUACACUAGUGAUGAAUUGGAUCUAGUCACCCGGUGAGAUUCUAGAGGCCUUGACCAUGAAAGCUACUAGCCAUCACCAGCCGUGGAAAAUAACCAGUGUUUCUUGUUGGUGUGAUUUGAUUUAGUUUUUUUGAUUGACGGAUGCCUUUACAUUCGCUGGAUGAUUAGGAAACGCCUUUUCUUUUUUCCUUUCUUGAUCAAAAAGAAACCAUAACUCGCAUAACACUAAUGGGUGAACAUCAUGAAAACAUGUCUGGGUCAUAUUCCAUACCAAAAUCUUUUUCUUUUCUUUAUUGUCAUUGUGACAUUAUAUUCAUGUCAAUUAAAUACAUUAUACUAUCUAAUUUUCAUUAUUGUAAUUUUCAUUGUAUUGUUAUUUUUUUAUAUUUUUUUGUAAUUCUCACAUGCUGAUUCUCAAUACUGUAAUAGUCAUUUCUUACUGAAUUACAUAAAAAAUACACACAAUUUUUGCAUUACAAUAAUUAUAGAUUUUCAUUAAAUACUGUCUUCAAUACUAUUUUAUGAAACUAUUCUCAAUUUUAAUAAACGUCCUUUUUACUUAAUUACAUAAAAAAGCCAUCAAACAUUUACAUAUUACACGUAUAUAUAGUAUUCAAAUGUUAAAAAUUUUUCAUUAGUAUUAAUACCUGUGCAUUUUGCUUGAAACUUCACGUUCAUCUUUUUUUCCCCCGUGGAUUUUGGGAUGAAAUAUGAUGUUUUUGACAUGUUUUAUGAGAUUAAUCUAAUUCAUCUAUGAAUGCAGUAGCUUGUUACAAGCUUAGAAAUACAUUUGUGACUGUAAUACGAGGUUUGCAAUACUUUCAUCCGUUCUCCAGAUGGUUUCCACUGUCUCUCGACGGUGGCACCCAUGGGUUUCUUGCGUUGUGGUUCAGUAACGGUGUCACUACAGUAUUUGAGCAUGAGCUCGGUCUUCCUGUAUCCAGACGGCUGCUGUCUUCGUCCUGUGCCUCCUCAGGUUCACAUCAUGCUCUUAUCAAUCCUGCUUCUCUUCCAGAUUCAGCUCGGACCAUCAGAUAUUCACCGUCUGCAGCCUCCAAAGCUUUGAAACUGUUGAGGUUUUCAGGGUGUUCUCUGUCUUAUUUUAUCCUUCAGCACAAUUCUCUCCUCUCUUGUGGUUUGGUGGCUCCACUUUGCUGCUUAUGACUGAAGGUUUGUUGGUUGGAUUUCAGUGCAUUGAAGUGUUCACCGGCUCUGCUAUCGGACCGAUAUUAUCCUUCGAGUCUGUACGGGUCGCUCAUAAUCACUGUCUUUUUAAUCAAUGCUUUAUGUUGUGCAUGUAUUUUAAAUAUAUCAAUAUCUUAAUGCAGUUGUGGGUGUUUCGGGUUACUUUCACUUCGAAAGUCAAUUCAAUAAAUUUCUCUUUCUGUUGUUUUUCCAUUG